CAGUGGGGUGGGGUGGGGUGAGUCCAUGUGGGCGUCCGGAGUUAAUAGUACAAAAGCCUGAAGCUUCGACAGGACCAGGAGGAGGUAAAGCAAACCGCUGUCCUGCCCACCUUCUCAUCGCUUCUCCAGCUCCAAUCCCAGCUCGGUCUGGAAGCUACGACCCAGGAGCCAGGACUCAGCUGCCAGUUCUGUUCCCAGAAAAAAUAACAAAACAACAACAAAAAAACCAAGGACAAAAGAAGUCCCACCAGCCAGUCCCUUUGAACCCCAUGGCGGGCCUGAGCCCAACGCAGCUGCGGAAGUUUCAGGAGGAUGGAUUUCUGGUCCUGGAAGGAGUAUUUUCCCCCAAAGAGUGUGAUAUCAUGAGGGAGCAAAUCCAGAAGAUCAUAGCAGAAAUGGAAGUCCCAUCUCACUGUCGCACUGAAUUCUCUACUCAAGAAGAGGAACAGCUGCGAGUCCAGGGCAAUACUGACUACUUUUUGACCAGCGGAGACAAGAUCAGGUUCUUCUUUGAGAAAGGAGUGUUUGACAAGGAAGGCAAUUUUCUAGUCCCACCAGAGAACUCUAUCAAUAAGAUUGGUCAUGCUCUGCAUGCUCAUGAUCCUGUUUUCAGAAGUGUUACCCACUCACUUCAGGUGCAGGAGUUGGUCAAGAGUCUGGGGCUUGAAAUACCCGUGGUAGUUCAAAGCAUGUACAUCUUUAAGCAACCACACUUUGGCGGGGAAGUUACCCCGCACCAGGAUGCCACCUUUCUCCACACUAAGCCACUGGGCCGAGUACUGGGUGUUUGGAUUGCUCUGGAGGAUGCUACCCUGGAGAAUGGCUGCCUCUGGUUCAUCCCUGGCUCCCACACAGGGGGUCUUAUUUUGAUACACGGAGAAGUCGUUCAUAAGAGUGAGCUGAACCAGUCCACACAUUCUCGCCAUGCAUACACCUUCCACAUCAUGGAAUCCAAGGAUACUCACUGGAGCCAGGAUAAUUGGCUUCAACCAACACCAGAGCUGCCCUUCCCACUACUGUACACUUAAUGCCAAUCAGCAAGAUGGAUUUCCCUGCCCUUCCAGGUGAAGACUUGGGCCCAAUGUAUGGAUACAUUAAACCACUCCCUAUUACCCUAGAGGUAGGAGUGAAUAUCAUCACUUGGAUUUUAUAAUCCAGGCCUGAUGCUCCCUCUGCCCACUGGGGAACAUGGCCCUUAUUUUUGUCCUGGACAACUGAGUAUCUACCACCUCUGGUUCUCUUCUUGGGAUCAACCCCUGGAUAACCCUCAGACUCUUCUGGUAAAGAAAAUAGCCUGGUGUGUGGAGUUCGGGGGAAACUAUAGGGAAGGGGGAAGCAGCAUAGAGGGAAGAGGACAUGAAGGUCAUCUAGAGUGACAGUCAUUGAAUAAAAAAACUACCAAAUGCAUAAGAUAUUUUCUGGUGUACUUUUAGCAAAUACACAAAACAAUUUUAUGUAAAAGAGAGCAAAAAUCUGUUAUACCAGUCCUACCUAGCUUGUGAUAGUGAAUGAUUUAAGGGAAUUAUAUCAUUAAAUUUGAUGAAAGAGAAAGAACA